CAUUAACUUACCUAACAAGUGUCGGCCCCCUCCUCAGUAUUGUAGGAGUCACGCCGACAGCUAGAGGAGCCAGCUAAAUGACGAAGAAUGAGGAUAUCUAUGCAGAGUCUAUAAUAUUCUUCUAUAGUUCGAUCUUGCUUUUCAUUAGCGCCAAGAUGGCGGCCAGUUGUUUCGGCCGUGAAAGUCAUCAUAAUACGCUUCAUCUGCCGGAGUUCGCACAUAAUCAGGGUAGGACGAUGUGCCCGGGUUGGAAGGGGCACCCGCGUUGGGAUUUGGCGCUGCACUUGUAAGCGAGUUGGGG